AUGGGCUCCUACACCCCGGUUCACGACCAGACCGUGCACACAGUCCACAUCCCUGAAGAUGUUCGCGUCUCGGGAAACCCAACCCUAGACAUCAUUGCCGAGGGCGUCUCGUUUCUCCACAAGGACGGCAUCAUCGUGCUCGACAACGCCAUCGAUGUCGCCCACAUCGACACGCUCAACAACAAACUCUCGCCCGAGGCGCUCGAGAUCGCCAACGACCCAGACCACCACUUCAACUUCGGCAAGCACACGCGGAACAUGGACCAGGCGCCACCUCCGACCCGUGAGCUGAUGUUCAAGGACGUUUGGUGCAACCCGUUCGCCGCCGCGAUCCUAUCGGCUGUGAUCGGCCCCAAGCCCGUCAUCCACUAUGCCAACGGGAAUACAGCGCUCAAGGCGGACCCCAAGGGCCGCCAACCCGUCCACUCGGACUGUGAGUUCGCGCACCCGGCGUACUUCCCCUUCGCGUAUGUCAUCAACAUCAACCUCGUGGACGUGACGCCUCGGAACGGCGGCACCGAAGUCUGGAUCGGCAGCCACCACGUGAGCGUCCACGAGGCGCAUAAUCGGUAUUCCGGACACGGGGACUGCGACGGACAAGACCUCGACGACAUGGAAGGCGAAGGUCUUUUGACCAUCAAAUCCCGGUACCUGGACGACCGGCGCAAACACUCGCCCCCGAUCCAGGUCGCUACAAAGAAGGGCAGCCUUAUCAUCCGCGACCUCCGCCUCUGGCACGCAGGGAUGCCCAACCUGACGGACGAACCGCGGAUCAUGCUGGCGUUCGUGGCCUCGCCGGCCUGGUGGCAGGGCCGGUCGAAGAUCGUCCUCCCCGCGGACGUGAAAGACAUGGUGGAACAUUGGGCGCGCGAGGAACACAGUCUAUUGUAUGAUGCGGAGUGGAUCGAGGGCGAAGUCGACUAUAAGAAGCUGAGUAGCGGAGGCGUGGACUUUGAUACCAAGAGCGCGGUGCUGGGGCGGUAUAAGUCCGAGUUGAGUGUCUGGCCGGAGUAUCGGCCUAGGUGGUAUUGA